AUGUUAAACAAGGAUUUUGCUUAUCUUGUUUUGGCCAUUUUUCUCAUGCUGAAAGAAUAUGAAGAAGAAGAAGUUCAAGAAGAAGCUCCUGAACCAGAAACCCGUGAAGAAGAAAAGAAGCCCAGAGUACCAACGCUGACUGCACCUAAAAUCCCAGAGGGUGAGAAAGUAGACUUUGAUGACAUUCAAAAGAAGAGGCAGAACAAAGACUUGAUUGAGCUCCAAGCCUUGAUUGACAGUCACUUUGAAGGAAGGAAGAAAGAAGAGGAGGAGCUGUUAGCCCUCAAAGAGAGAAUCGAGAAGCGCAGAACUGAAAGGGCUGACCAGCAAAGAAUCCGUGCUGAGAAGGAAAAAGAGCGCCAGGCCAGACUUGCUGAGGAGAAGGCAAGAAGGGAGGAAGAAGAUGCCAAGAGAAAGGCUGAAGAUGACAUGAAGAAGAAGAAGGCUCUCUCUUCCAUGGGUGCUUCCUACAGCAGCUAUUUGGCUAAGGCUGAUCAGAAGAGAGGAAAGAAACAAACCGCUAGGGAGUUGAAGAAGAAAGUGCUGGCAGAAAGACGCAAACCCCUAAAUGUUGACCACCUUAGUGAAGAUAAACUGAGGGAAAAGGCCAAGGAAAUGUGGGACUGGUUAUGUCAUCUGGAAACUGAGAAGUAUGAGUAUUUAGAGAAGAUGAAAAGACAAAAAUAUGAUAUCACCACUCUCAGGAACCGGAUUGAUCAGGCCCAGAAACACAGCAAGAAGGCUGGAGCCAAGGGCAAAGUUGGAGGGCGCUGGAAAUAGAGAUCCCAAAGGCGUCUGCAGGCAGAAUCAUCAGCGGUGGCAUGGCUAAACAUUGCUGGCCUCCCUUUCCUUCUCUAAAAA